GUAAGAAAAAAGGGAGAGGGGUGGCAGAGUGAUCGGAGGCGAGAGACGGAGAGGUGUGUGAUCCAGGGAAUUGAGUGGAAGAGAAGAGAGCUGUAAAAAUGGAAGAAAACAGAGAAAAUGAGAGGAAACUCGUAGGAAGAGGAGGGUUCCGGGUUUUGCCGACAGGGAAGCAGCUUCUUCUCUCUGAUUCUCUAUCGGUCAUGAUGAUGGAGCUUUGAGGGUGAAAGGGGUUUAAAGGAGGAAAUUUUGGAGAAAUUUCCUUGCAGGUGACCUCAGAAAAGUUAAAUUGAACAACUUACAAGUCAACAUUUACUUGGUCUCUUGAAGUUUGGCAAUUUCAACUAGUAGCAUUUCACAUCUCCAUCUAUGUUCUUUGUAAUGUAAAAAAAUCUAGGCUGUACACAGUUAGAGAGUUUGUCUUCUCUCAUCCAGGCUUGUCUUUUUUCAAUAAUGUGGUAGGAAUAGUCCAGUAGAUGAUUGACAGAACUCAACUUUAAGUUUAAUUAAAUUUAACUUCUUACCAAUUUGUUAAUCUUGUCCAAUUAAGCAAAUACAACUCUGCCUUGAAUCUCUCCCAGUUAUGGAGUUCCUCUUCUCCCGAUUUAUGCAGAGUAAUUUGGAUAGUGUUGGUUUAAUUAUGAAAUCACUGUAAAUUUGAGAAGAAAUUUUCUUGUAACAUUGGAGAAAAAUUGUUGCAGAUAACCUCAGAAAAGUUAAAUUCAACAACUUAGCAGUCAACAUUUACUUGGUCUCCUGAAAUUUGGCAAUUUCCACUGGUAGCAUCUAAAACUUUUUAAUAUAAAAAUCUAGGCUGUAUACAGUUGGAGGGUGUCUUUUCCCAUCCAAGAUUGUCUUUUUUUCAUUUGCAACAUUGUGGUCUGAAUAGUCCAGUAGAUGAUUGUCAGAAGUCAAUUUUAAGUCUCAAUAAAUUAAACCUGUUACCAUUUGUUAUUCUAUUCCAAUUAAGCAAUUGAGUCUUUGCCUUGAAUCUCUCCCAGAAAACGUGCAGGUCAAAAUUAAAAGUUGAAAGCAUGAGUUUGUGGAUGUUUUGGUUGAUUUAUAUGCAAGUAUUCCAAGUCUCGCUCGGUUCUUCAAUACAUCAAGGAAAUAAUACGGAUAAACUUUCCUUAUUGCACUUUAAGGCUAAAGUUCAUGAUCCUCUCGGUGUAUUGAGUUCGUGGAAUGAGUCUAUACAAUUCUGCGAAUGGUAUGGCGUUUCUUGUGGCCAUAAGCAUCAAAGAGUGACAGCACUGAAUCUAAGAUCAUCCAAAUUGGUAGCAGUUAAUCAGUUUUCUGGGCGAGCGCCAAAUUUCACAGGCUUCAAUGAUUUGCAAUACCUCAAUUGGGAAGCCAACAACCUAGGAAAUGGCGAAGAUGAUGAUUUGCAAUUUCUCUACUCUAUAGUUAAUUGUAGCAGUUUAAGAGGUCUUAGUUUUGAAAGCAACAAUUUGGGAGGUAUAUUGCCUCGUAUUAUAGGAAAUUUCUCUAAUAAGCUCUCAGAACUUGGUUUGGGAGAUAACCAAAUACGUGGAAGCAUUCCAAGUGAAAUUGAAAAUCUCAUUGGACUAACUCGAUUAUCAAUGAAACAAAACCGACUGUCUGGUUCUAUACCAAGUUCAAUAGGUAAGCUACAAAGUCUCGGAUUUUUGGAUAUCUAUGGGAAUGAAUUCUCAGGAAGUAUCCCAUCAUCUAUAGGGAACAUUACUACUUUACAAAUACUUGACUUGUCAUUCAAUAAUUUGCUGGGAAUCAUCCCAUCAACUCUCGAAAAAUGCCAAAGACUGUUUCUCAUACAGUUUAGCAACAAUAAAUUAAGUGGCAAAAUCCCAAUAGAAGUAAUGGGUAUUUCCUCUCUGUCAUGGGCUUUGGACUUAUCAAAUAAUCAGUUAGUUGGUUCAGUUCCUGCAGAAGUUGGAGAACUCGUCCAUCUUGGGAUUCUUGAUCUUUCACAUAACAAGUUAACUGGUGAAAUUCCUGCAACUCUUGGUAGUUGCACAAGCUUGGAAAGUUUAUAUCUGGAUGAUAACUUUUUGCAAGGGAAUAUCCCUAAGGCUUUGGAUUCUUUGAAAGGAAUAAGAAAAUUAGGUUUUUCCCUCAACAAUUUAUCAGGAAAAAUUCCAGAAUUUUUGAGAACCAUUAAGCUACAAAGUCUGAAUCUAUCAUUUAACAAUUUCGAAGGUGAGGUACCAACUGAAGGAAUAUUCAAGAAUGCAAGUGCUGUUUCGCUUGUUGGAAAUACUAACCUCUGUGGUGGCAUUUUUGAAUUACACUUACCUCCUUGUUCAGCCAAAGGCGACAAGAAAAAUGGCGGUUCCUCCUUGAAGCUAAUAUUAGUCUCCGUAAUACUUUCAGUACUUUUACUCAUCGUGGUGCUGUCUUUGAUAAUUGUUUAUUACUUAUGGAAGAGAAAACUCAAGGCCUCUUCUACACCACCAUUGUUGGUUUCAAUGUUACAAGUUUCCUACGAUAAUCUACUCAAGGCCACUAGUGGAUUUUCCUCAGACAAUCUAAUUGGAAAGGGUAGAUAUGGUUCUGUGUAUAAAGGAAUUCUUGAUUAUGAGCAACAGACGGUUGUCGCCGUGAAGGUAUUUAACCUUCAACAUCAAGGAGCAACUCGGAGUUUCUUAGCAGAAUGUGAAGCCUUGAGAAAUAUCAGACAUCGAAAUCUUGUUAAGAUCAUAAGUGCUUGUGUUAGUAUUGAUUUUCAAGGCAAUGACUUCAAGGCUCUUGUUUAUGACUUAAUGGUUAAUGGGAAUCUCGACGAGUGGCUACACCCCGUCAAUGAAGCAAGCGAAGCACCGCGACAUUUGCACAUUCUUCAAAGACUAAACAUUGCCAUUGAUGUUGCAUCUGCACUCGCCUACCUCCAUUUCCAUUGCCAGCCUCCAAUUGUUCAUUCUGAUAUUAAGCCAAGCAAUGUUCUAUUAGAUGACGAAAUGAUUGGACAUGUAGGUGAUUUCGGGUUAGCAAGAUUUCUUCCGCAAGAAACAUCACAAAACAUUUCUUCUAAUUCUGCAAGCUACACAGGAAUACUAGGAACCACGGGCUACACUGCUCCAGAGUAUGCUAUGGGAAUCAAACCAUCAACAUCUGGAGAUGUGUAUAGUUUUGGCAUCCUCAUAUUGGAAAUCUUUACUGGGAAAAGGCCUACCAAUGAAAUCUUUAAAGAUGGUUUCAAUCUUCACAAUUUUGUUACACCUGCUUUGGCUGAAAAUUUAUCAGAGAUUAUCGAUCCAAUGCUGCUGCAGGAAGUAGCUGGUGAAAGCAAGAUGUGGAUCAAUGAUGAAAUAAAACAAUGCUUGGUUUCUGUAUUCCAAGUUGGAGUUGUGUGUUCUGCAGAAUUUCCAAAUGAACGACCGAGCAUUUGUGAUGUUGAAGUUCAGCUGCAAUCCAUCAGGAAGAAACUUGUUAAGAGCAGAGGAUACAGAGAGAACCAAGGGAGGAGAAAAGCUCCAUCAGCAGAAGUAUCGAAGAAUGCUGAAUCUGCUGGUUCCUUGAUAUGUGAUUAAUGAUUAGUAAUGUGGUUUGAUGAGAAUCCUUUGCCUGAACUGUUACAAGAGAUUACAGAUCCGGGAUCUCUCUAGCAAACAAUAAGAGGAAGAGGUAAGUGGUAAAAGUGACGUGCUUGGAUGAUUAUUUUAUUUAUAAACAUGUAUGAAUAAACAAAAUAAAAAUUGAAAAAAAAAUAGUCUCCACUAAAAGGAGAUUUCGGAUUUCAGAAUGUUAAUGGUUGAUAGUUUUAUAGCUUAUGGGGGAGAACUUGCAUAAUUUAGUAAGUUGAUUCAACAGGAACAGAAGAAAACAGAACAGAGAAGAAACAGAGAAGAGAAAUUCUUGAAAAAACUCUUGUACUUGUGUAUCUUGAUAAGCCUUUUACUUUGAAUGAUUCACUGUAAAAGUGAUCUAAAACUAUCAACACCUGACACAUGAAACAUAUAUAGAACAACUAUCAGCAUCUUACUUUUGAGUAACCAGACUUAUUUGAACUCCGUAACAGCUUCAAUAACAACUGAAUAUUACUUAUGCCAAGUGCCCACUUUGUACACCAGUACAUGAAUUCUAUGACUUACACCACACAUAGAAAGAAAUCUGUAAAUAAUGUAUGUAUAUAGAAAUCUGUAAAUAAUGUAUGUAUAUCUAUAUAAUACAACAUAUUAAACAAAAUACUAUGGUUUCUUGUUGUGAAGGAUGUUAGGAGGGGAAGGAGGAAGAUGUGGUAUCCAUGUUUUCGGGUCACCAAGAUUAAAAGCCGGAGGAGGAGGGGGAGAAAAUGAGGGAAAAUUCGGAAUCCAAGUCCUCGGGUCUCCUAGGUUAAAUGCGGGUGGAGGAGGAGGAGGAAACAGAGGUGGGGCAGAAGGAAAAGGAGGGAGGGGAGGGAAAAGCAAGGGACCAGAACGGAAAGGCGGAG